AAAAAGAGGGGGGCGCAAGUAGCUAGAAGAACCAUAUCAACGAAGUAUUUGUGAUUGAUUCAAACAUAUUUAUAAUAAAUAUGGAAGAAUCAUUGGAUGAUCAAUUAAGAUUGCCCAUAAUCUAGUCUCGCUGCUGCUGAACAGAUAGAUAGAUAGAUAGAUAUCUUGUGUCGCGACGAUGAAGGCAAAGUCCAAAACCCGUAUGUUGCCUAGUUCUCUGAAGAUCAUCUCAUCUUGCAUAAAAUCCGUUUCCACAAAUGCUAGCACUGUCGUCCGUUCCGCCGGAGCGUCAAUCGUCGCUUCUGUUGCAGCAGCAGCAGCAGCCUCCUCCAGUCAUGGAACCAAAGAUCAGGUAACAUGGAGUGGUUUUGAUAGUCUUGUGCUGUCUCCAUUAAUCUCCAAACGUGUUCUAUUACUUGGUUAUCAAAAUGGAUUUCAAGUCUACGAUUUACAAGAUGCUGCUAACUUUACUGAAUUGGUUUCGAAGAAGGACUGUGGUUUUGUCAGUUCCAUGCAAAUCAUUCCUGUUCCUUAUGGUGGACCUGGAUCAUCACAUCCUUUACUACUAGUAGUUGCAAGGGAGGAAGUAGUAAGCAACUCAUCGAAUGAGAGCACCCAUUUGCAGGGAAAUCAAUCAGAAAAAAAUGACAAUUCUCCUACAGCUGUUAAGUUCUACUCUCUUAAGACUAAUUGCUUUGUACAGGAUUUGAGAUUUCGGUCUGUUGUCUGCAUGGUUAGAUGUAGCUCUAAGAUAGUAGCAAUUGCUCUUCCAACACAGAUUUAUUGCAUAGAUGCUGUUUCUCUUGUGAACAAAUUCAGUGUCCUCACCUAUCCCGUGCCUCAAUUUGGCGGGCGUGGAAAAAUUGGGGUGAAUGUUGGGUAUGGUCCGAUGGCAGUUGGCACUAGGUGGUUAGCUUAUGCUUCUGAAAACCCUAUUAUAACAAGUAAAAGCAGGUUGAGCCCAAAGAAUCUUAACCCGUCUCAAAUUGUUAACCAGUCGUCUCUUGGUUCUAGCAAUAAUCUAGUGGCUCAUUAUGCAAAGGAGUCCAGCAAACAUAUUGCUGCUGGUUUAAUAAACAUGGGGGACAAAGGAUAUCGAACAGUUUCUAGAUACUGUCAAGAAUUGCUUCAAGAUGGGCUAAGUUCUCCCACACCUUCUACUUCAGGAUGGAAAUUUGGCCGGAAUGUGCCUCCAAUAGCAGAAAAUUCUGGAAUGGUGGUUGUGAAAGACUUUGUUUCACAAGAAGUUAUAUCUCAAUUUAGUGCCCACACUAGUCCAAUAUCUGCAUUGUGCUUUGAUCCAAGUGGAACACUUCUGGUUACUGCUUCAGUCAAUGGAACUAAUAUCAAUAUUUUUUACAUUACACCAACUUACACGCGAAGUGAUUCACGAGAACGAACAUAUGACUGGAGCUCUGCCCAUGUUCAUUUAUACAAGCUUUAUCGUGGAAUGACAUCAGCAAUAAUCCAAGACAUUUGCUUCAACCAUUGUAGUCAGUGGAUUUCCAUUAUCUCCUCCAAAGGGACAUGUCACAUUUUUACCCUAUCUCCUUUUGGUGGUGAGAUUGGAUUGCAAACUUCUGAUUGUCAUAGUGAAUCCCCCAUCUCCUAUCCAAUUUUAUCUUCACCAUGGUGGUCUACUUCAACUUUCUCCAUUAACCCGCAGUUGACUUCACCUCCAGCUACUGUUACCCUUUCUGUAGUUUGUCGGAUAAAAGACUGUGUUAGUGGAGUGAUUAAUUCAGUGAGCAAUGCUGCUUCAUUAGCAGGAAAUGGAUAUAUUCCAUCUGGUGCAACUACGGCUAUCUUUCACAAUGCUAUAGCGGCUGGUGUUGGAAAUUCCCAAUCAGAGUCUAAUAUGUUGGAACAUCUUUUAGUGUAUUCCCCAUCUGGCCAUUUAGUGCAAUACGGACUCAUGCAUGUAGUUGGAGUACAAUCAAGCAAUGGUAGAUCGUUAUUGCAUUCAAAUUCACGUGUUCAUGCUCAAGAUAACAAUUUAGAAGUAAAGGUUGAACCGAUUGAAUUGUGGGAUGUUUGUAGAAAAUCGGAUAGUAUAGAGAGGGAUGCAUCUUUGGAAUUUCCCAUCGUCUCUAAACAAGAAGCAGGUUUUGAAGUUCGGGAAAAUAAUUGUGCCCAGUUUAACAGUAAUAUUGUUGGAAAAAAGUUGUUAAGAGACAAUACACUGGAUGCUCAUGAGAAAUCCCACUUGUAUCUAUGCAAUGCAGAGGUGCAAAUAAACUCAGGAAGGUUGCCAAUAUGGCAAAACCGAAAGGUUUCUUUCCAAAGAAUGGUUAGUCCAAAAAUUAAUACUCAUGCCGAAGGAGAAAGUGAAAUAGAGAAGAUCCAAUUGCAUGGGGUUGAAACGAAAAGGAAGGAUUUGUUAUCUGUUUUUGAUAAUCCUCAAUGCAUCGGUAAUGAAGGAGUGUUUUUAAGGAAAAAAAUUCCCAUUACUACUUCACCUCAUGUGGCUAGUCAAACAGGUGAGACUGUCAUGAAAGAAACUGGUAUAUGUCACUCAAAACCUGCAUCUCUAAGCUCUGCCAAAUACUCAAACGCAGAAUUGAAGUAUGCUAAAGAAAUUCCAGGACCAUCAACAAUAAUUGAGAAUCCCAUUGAUUUUGAUCAAAACAAUAACAAGGAGACUAUAACACCCUCCAAGGACCAUGUAAAUAAUUUGGACAUGCAUAAAAUAUCUUAUACUGGGAACGGUUUUGAGACUUCUCCACUGCAUCAAAACCUUUCGUCUACCAUUACUGAGGUGGUGGUCCCAUUAACAGUGACUUUGGAUUCAGUCGUGGAUCAGCUUUCUGGGUUAUCUGAAGUUGUUGGUAGUUUGUCAUAUGAGAAGAACAAUGAGGACAAUGAAGAAAGCAACCAGGAUAACUUGUUCAGUGGAAUGUUUAUGGAGUGAAACAAAAUGUCUCCAAUUGUAUAUACCAACCACACGUAUCUCUGUCGCCUAUAGAUUUUUCUUUUUGACAAUUUCUUAUUUUUGUGGAGUUAUUUAUCGUCCCGUUUUUGCACAUAGUUUGGGGGUUUAAAUAUGGUCAACUCUUGACUUGGUUGUUUCCAUGAAACAUAAUUUCUUUUUAUGAAUGUGGAAGGAACUAAAUUUUGUUA